AAAAAUGAACGAGAAAGUAGAACUGUGGAUUUACUUUGCGAUUAUAGUAGUUCUAUUGGGAGUCGAUGCUUACGCUUUCUACUAUUUUUUCUACAUUGUUUCCAUAUCUGCUUCAGUUACUACAUUUUCAGUGGAAUAUUCAGCUGAACUUCAAGCAGGUUUGGCCUCUUCUGAUAUAACGGAAAGGCAGCUUGUUAGAGCUGUACUACUGGCUGCCUGCUACAAGUUUGCUUCAAACUACAAUUUACCAUUGGAAUACGUCAUGAACACAAGUCCAAAUACAGCUUUUUGGAUGAAUACCUUCUCUUACGACUCUUCCUACUUCGCCAUGAUAGAAAACGUCCCUCAAACACAUUCCAGCGUGAAGGAUGCACUUAUCAUUUACCAAGCCGCUUCACAAAAAUCGUUGAGCAAAACAGAUGCCGAGAACUAUUUAACUAGCUUGAUAAAUCUUUUGCAGAACGCCGACUCCUCGUCUGCUGCGUCAACCAUGUCUCUAAAAUACGCUAGCUCCAUUCCUUUCUAAUGAAAGUUUCCAUAAAGACGUACAGAAUCUACGCUAUCAGCCUGAUAGUAACUUUGUUUCUUAUUGCUGUAAUAAUGACGGCUAUUAUAUUUGCUGCUAAAAACGAAAAAAAAUAAAUGGAUAGAUCAGUUC